AUGGCACAUGUACUUUUCAGAAGUGCGUCUAGAGUGGUGCGGAUACCUUCGAUUGGAUUUCUGCUGUUGCUUCAUCUGGUUGUGUUAGCCAACUUUCUACUUUGCUACGUGCUCGAAUGGGGUAUCAACGGAAUGGCGUUCCGCCGACUGCUAUUCACUGUUCGCCGUAGUCUGUGCCCGGGCUUCCGGAAGUCAAAGGCCUACGAGGAAAUUCGCGAAGAGUUGGAUAAACUAGCUGGCACUUGGCCUCCCGUCAUACGUACAGCCAGUGUGCAUACUUUGCCUAGGGAUCUGUUCACUGACGGGGACGUACCAAUGCAGUCUAGCCCCCGAUUGGGCUCCAAUAAGAAGAAUAUGUCAGAUGUUUCAUCGGAAUCUGAAAACGAGGAAGAGCCGGAAUCGAGUAGGCGAUCAAUCAAUCAAGACGAUACUGCACUACUUUCGUCCAUAGCGGAACCUUUGGAAGAUCUAACAACACCUCUGACUAGAUCGGAUGUUAUUCAGGCCAUUGCAAUGCUUCCUCCACUGUCGGAACAUGAGCGCAAUUCUCUCAGCAAUUCUACACCCCCUGGAACUUAG